GAGGAGGCGCUGCGGCUCUACCAGCACGCCGUGGAGUACUUCCUGCACGCCAUCAAGUAUGAGGCUCACAACGACAAGGCCAAGCACAGCAUCCGCGCCAAGUGCAUGCAGUACCUGGACCGGGCGGAGAAGCUGAAGGAUUACCUGCGCAGCAAGGACAAGCAGGGCAAGAAGCCUGUCAAGGAGGCCCAGAAUGACAGCAAGGGGUGCGUGAGGGCCGCGCUGGUGAAGAACCUCUUUGAGCUGGCGCGGCAGCACAAGCCCUCCAUCAUCUUCAUCGACGAGGUGGACUCGCUGUGCGGCUCCCGCAACGAGAACGAGAGCGAGGCGGCGCGGCGCAUCAAGACGGAGUUCCUGGUGCAGAUGCAGGGUGUCCGGUGCUCGGCCGUGGGGCAGCGCCGUGGGGACGGCCGCUCAUCCCGCGCCGUGCCCAGGUUCGAGAAGCGCAUUUACAUCCCGCUGCCCGAGGAGGCGGCCCGCGCGCAGAUGUUCAAGCUGCACCUGGGCAACACGCCGCACUGCCUCACGGAGGCCAACGUGCUCGAGCUGGCGCGCAAGACGGACGGCUACUCAGGCGCAGACAUCAGCAUCAUCGUGCGGGACGCCCUCAUGCAGCCCGUCCGCAAGGUGCAGUCGGCCACGCACUUCAAGAAGGUCCGAGGCCCCUCGCGCACAAACCCCAACGUGAUCGUGGACGACCUCCUGACGCCAUGCUCGCCCGGGGACCCUGGCGACACCGAGAUCACCUGGAUGGAGGUGCCCAGCGACAAGCUGAUGGAGCCCAUCGUCUGCAUGAAAGGCCGGGGAACGUCUCCAUAG